GCAGCGGGCAAAAGUCAAAGGCGCGGCUCAGCCAAAGCAAAGAACGUUCUUCGCUCACCCACCGCAGUGCUCGUCAUCAUCUGCUCUCUUCCUCAACUCCGUCUUCAAUCCAUUAUUCUCAGCUAUUCUUUCUAGCAGUCGAAGCAAUGUUUCGCAACUCAUACGACAACGAUUCCAUCACAUACUCUCCAACCGGCCGAUUAUUUCAAGUGGAAUAUGCUUUGGAGGCAAUCAAACAAGGAAGUGCUUCCGUCGGUCUGGUUAGCAAGACACACGCCGUGCUUGUCGCCUUGAAGCGAAAUGCCGAAGAGCUGGGAUCAUACCAAAAGAAGAUCAUCCGCAUCGACAAUCAUCUUGGUAUCGCCCUCGCCGGUCUUGCUCCCGACGCCCGCGUACUUAGCAACUUUAUGAGACAACAAGCUAUGAGCUCAAAGAUGAUCUACAACCGACCUAUCCCCGUCUCACGGGUGGCUAGCGAAAUCGGCGACAAGGCUCAGAAAAAUACCCAGGUCUACGGAAAGCGUCCCUACGGCGUUGGACUUUUAGUGGCUGGCUACGACGAGACUGGUCCGCAUCUGUUUGAGUUCCUCCCGUCCGGUACCGUUCUUGAGUACUUUGGUGCCGCAAUCGGCGCCCGCUCGCAGUCCGCUCGCACAUAUCUCGAGCGCAGCUUCGAGUCCUUUGCCGAUUGCUCAGCAGAAGAAUUAGUCCUCCACGGCCUUCGUGCGCUGCGCGACACUCUUGCGCAAGACAAAGAGCUCACUAUCCAAAACACCAGUAUAGGAGUCGUUGGACUCGACAGUCCCUUCAAGCUGUACGAUAACGAGGAGGUGGGUGAGUGGUUGGAGAAGCUGGGAGAUGUCGGCAGCUCAAGAGGUCGACGACAGGCAGAGGAAGCUGCUGCUGAAGCUGCUGCUGCGUCUGCUGCUGCCGAGGCCGCUGAUACUGACGCUCCCACUACCGAUGCUCCGGCAGCGGAUGAUGAAGCUGCUGCUGAUUUACCAGCCGAGCCGAUUGAAACCGACGAUUAAAUAUGGUUUUUUAAUCUAAUUUGUUUGUCUGUGUAUCGACUUAGAUGUGCUAUUAUCAAUAAUUUUACAUUACUAUUUACCAAAACA